AUGACUAAGAAGACGUUGGAGUUCGAACUUUGCGAUUUACUUAUUUUGGAUAACGCGAUAUACGGUCCGUCAGUGGAACAGAGGUUUUCGUCCUCGAUAUAAGGGGGCAUAACUCUCGAGAUUAGCUCAUAGCCAUGAAGUACCAGGAAAUUCAACGUAGCUGCCGGCAACAUGGACUUUUUCGAGUGGCUCCCUGAUCAGUUCAACAAUGCAGAAGUUGGUGCAGAACAGCGUGGGGCGUUCAUGGAUACCGAAGACAGUGGCGUGGAUUGGAAUGAUUACUAUCCUGAUCCCAACUAUUUUGAAGAGAUUCCCCAUCAGCGCAACGGCUCUUAUUCCGGCACAGACGACUCGUAUCAAAGCACCACGAUCAACGAGCCAACAAGCUCCAUCAAUAUAGACGACAGCGGCGAGAAAGGAAAGGGCAGACCAAGAGUUGCAUAUAGCAGUGGAAGAGAUCCCAUCAUGAAUCGUAUCCAUCGGCGGAGAACUCAAAAUAGAAAUUCGCAGCGGAUUUAUAGAGAAAGACGGUUGGAGGAGAGACAGAGAUUCGAGGAAAGAGCUAUUGCUGCGGAAGAAGUAUCGAAGUUGCUGAGAUUCCAAUUGUUGGAAUUGAGUACCGAAAUUGGAGUUCUCAAACACCAGCUUGAACAAACGAAGGCCGAGAACGCGUCCCUUUGUCGAGAUCGAGCGUGAAAUUCUGGUAUCGACUCUACUAGUAAGGAGGUGGGAGUGUUCAGAACAAGAACUACCUGACAAAACUUUGGAAUAAGUGCCAGAAGGGGGGUUUUCCAACAUGUUUGGGCAACAACCCUAGGACUCACUUGAGCAACAGUGUGUGGCAGCGGUUGGCUUUCGGCUAGGUUCCCACAAAGAAAAUCUUGCAACAUUUGUCAGACCUGUUAGACAUGAUGUAAGACUUGAGUGUCGUCCUUUCAUCUGAAGAUAGGAGCAGGGAUAUAUACCCCAAAGGGCU